AUGUCUUAUCAGAAAGAUGUCCUAAGAACCACAGGGAAGCUGGCUGUGAAAACCAGCGCCCUCUUACAGAUUGGGGUUGGGACUCUGGCCAAUAUCAUUCUCUUCUUCUAUAAUGUCUCUCCAAUCUUGCUUGGCCACAGGCAGAGGCCCACACACGUGGUUCUCACCCACAUGGCUGUGGCCAAUCUCUUGGCUCUUCUCUCCAGUGCAAUUCCCCACACGACAGCUGCUUUUGUUUUGAGGAGCCCCCUGUCCUCUGUCGGGUGUAAAUUUUCAUAUUAUAUAUACAGAGUGGCUCGAAACACCACCAUGUGUUCCACCUGUGUCCUCAGCACCUAUCAAUUCUUCACUCUCAUUCCCGGGAGAGUGGAGUGGACGAUGCUCAGAGGAAGAACACCUAAGGUCAUUGGUCCAUUCUGUUGUACCUGCUGGAUGAUCAGUUUCUUAACGAAUGUCUUUAUUCCUGUGAAAGUCGCUGGUCCACAGGACAUGGAAAAUGAUACUGACGUCCAAGGGAAGUGGUUCUGUCCAUCCUCAAAUUUCACUUCACGCAUGGUUAUCUUGUUGUCCAUCUCUGAUGUCAUGUUUAUUUUCCUCAUGGUCUGGUCGGGUGGUUCCAUUGUGCUUCUCCUGCACAGACACCACCAGAGAGUGCAGCAUAUUCACACCCCCAAUGGCUACCACAAAUGCCCACCAGAGACCAGAGCCGCCCACACCAUCCUCAUGUUGGUGGUCACUUUUGUCAUCCCUUACAUGCUGAAUUCCAUUCUUGCUUUUUAUAUCACUGCCUUUUUAGAUGCUCGUCCAUGGUUGAUGCACAUCUCUCAUAUUUUGGCUUUAUGUUUCCCCACUUUUAGCCCCUUACUGCUGAUCCUUAGGGAUCCCAGAGCUCCUAGUUUCUGCUCCUGA